AUGAUUAUUGGAUCUCUUAACAUUAGAGGGGGUGGCAAUGCUCUUAAGAGGAGAAGAAUUAGUUCUUUGGUGAUUAAGAGUAAAGAUGACAUUUUUUUCAUUCAAGAGACUAAAUUAACUAGCAUGCAUGACUUUAUGGCGAAGAGUUUUUGGAAUGCCAAAGAUAUAGGAUUUUCUUUCUCUAAUUCUACGGGUAGAUCGGGAGGUCUUUUAACCUUGUGGAAUGGGGAUGCGGUUGAUGUUUUAUUGAGUUUUAAAGGGGAGGGGUAUCUUGGAGUGAAGGUGUGUAAGAACAAUAACUUCUUUUACUUGAUUAAUGUGUACUCUUCUUGCAAGCUUGUCAAAAAGAGAAUGUUGUGGCGUAAGUUGUUGGAGUUGAAAGAUGUUUUUAAUGAUGGCGAAUGGAUUAUAGGAGGCGAUUUUAAUACUAUUAAAGUGCGGGAGGAAAGGAAGGGUAGAGGUGCCAUUUCUAAUAUUUAUGAAGUUAUUGAAUUUGCGGAGUUUAUUGAGAAAAGCUUGUUGGUGGAUGUUCCUUGUAAGGGAAAAAAUUUACUUGGUAUAGCGGUGAUGGUAAAUCGAUGA